AUGGCUGGGAGACUUGAGAAGUGUUCCUCUUUGAUGGGAUUCGCUCUCCUCUGUCUGAAAAUGGUUACUUCAUCCAAAACAGCGCCUGAAAUACCAACUAUUGAUCAGGCAUAUUCAAAACUCAGCAAUAGCAUCACUGUAGAGUGGACUGCUGUGCCAGGGGCCACAAGUUACCUGCUCACAGCUGAAGAUGGGGACACAGUCAUUGAGACCACGGUGGCCAGUUCCCCAGGCACUGUGACAGGCCUGAAGGCUGCGACCUUGUACCGAAUCACCAUCAGAUCCAUCAGUGCCUCUGGACAAAGCCAGGCGUCAUCUCCAAAGCAGGCAAAGACAGUCUUGGCGGCCCCCGUUCUGGAAGUUGGCUCUCCAAGUCCAGACUCCAUCCUUGUGAGGUGGGAUGCCGUCUAUAUGGCAAUCGGCUUCUCUGUGUCUGUCAUGCGAGCCAAUGGCUUGGGGAGAAUUUGGAAGGAGAAUACCACAAACACCUCCUUGACCUUCAGCAGCUUGGAUGCUGGGACACUCUAUACUAUAAAGGCCUACGCCUGGAAUGCCAAUGGAGUCCCUGGAGACGACUCCACCUGCAACCAGAGAACCAGUCCUCGUGCCCCUGCCAACGUUCAAGUCCUCUUUGACAGCGGGGCCUUGAAGGCAUCUGUUUCCUGGACACCAACAGAAGGAGCGUUCAACUACACUGUGUUGGCGUCCAGCGAGUCUUCCCAGCGGAGCUGCAGCACGGCUCUCAGUUCUUGCAGCCUCAGUUCCCUGCAGUGCGGAACCGAGUACCUGAUUUCUGUCUCAGCCAGCAAUGACGCUGGCUCCAGCCGGUCCUCCUCUGCCGCGACCCUGAAAACUGUGGCUUGUGCACCUGGAAGAGUGACAAUCCAAGAAGCCCCCCCUGGUCACUUGUCUGUGGCUUGGUCUAAUGUGGAGCUGGGUGAUUACUACGUGGCUUUCGUGAAGAGUGACGACGGCCUGGAAGUACACUGCAAUACCUCCCUCACUCGGUGCCACUUCCUGUCUGAGUGCGGCUUCACGUACUUCAUCAGCGUAUUUGCCUACAACACUGCGGGGCAGAGCCCCCUGGGCGACGUGUUCAACUACACCACAGCGCCUUGCUGUCCUAGCGACAUUAGCGCAGUGUUGGUGUCCAGCGACAGAGUGGAAAUCGCCUGGUCUCCUGUGCGCGGUGCUGAGCUCUAUGAAACCAAGGCCAUAGCUGGGUACAGCGUGGUGGAGUGCAACGACACCGCUCCUGCUUGCACGCUCUCGGCUUUGGAUUGUGACACUAAGUACAACAUCACCGUGUACUCCUUCAGUGAGAUCCGGGGCAGCAAUCUGUCCUGCUCGUCACACUACAUCACCACGGCUCCUUGCAGUCCUGAAAUAAAACAUAUUUCAAAGGAUGCAUUCUCCACGAUUAAUGUGCACUGGCGAUCAACGAACGAAGGCGCCACUUACACCGUGACUGCCCAGGGGAAGAAGGGGCUGUUCCAGUGUAGCAGCACAGGGGAGACCUGCAUCAUCGGGGGCCUGCCCUGCGGUUCCGUGUUCUCUGUCAGUGCUGUGGCCGAAACUCAGGCGGGAAAGAGCCUGCCCAGCUACAGUGUGCCCCUGGAAACAGUGCCAUGCUGUCCAGUUGGUCUGACGGCGGUGCAGGUCACCCAGUCUAUAAUCAACGUGAGCUGGACUAUUGGGACAGUGGCUCAGACCUACGUGACAGUGCUUGAGUCACAGAUGGGACAGUCCAAGUGUCACACCCAUCAGAACCACUGCCUUCUGGGAUGCAUCGCAUGUGGCAUCAACUACACGGUGGCAUUGAAAGCCAUUAGCCCCACUGGACUGACUGCAGACUGUGCCUACCAAAGUUAUUCUUCCAGUGCCUGCUGCCCACUGGGGGUCAAAUUAUAUAGGCUGGGCCCUAAUGGCAUCCGGAUCUACUGGCAAGCCUCCAGGGGCUCUGCCAAUUAUAGCACCGACCUCCAUGGGUCCAAAGGCAUCUUCACGUGUGUCCCAAGCGCUGGUUUAAGUUUCUGUGAUGUCACCGACAUCCCCUGUGGGGACGUAUACACUGUGAUGGUCUCGCCAGUUGCUGAAACAGGACUGAAGCUCACAUUCUGUCCAAAGAAAAUAUACUCAGUUACUUGUUCUGGAAGUACACUCGGGAUGGUGAUUUACAGAGGGAAGAGGGACGACACUGUGAGCCCCCGGUAG